AUGCGAUUCUCACCCUUCAUCUCCACACUCGUCUUCACUUUCUCCAACCUCACCCGCGUCCGCGCCGCGCAGUUCGUUCGUGCUCAGGCUCCAUACGCUGCCGCCCGCCCGCUCCGCGCUUCUAUGCCCUCAAUCCCGUUCUUGGGCGCUUUGUUUGGCUCUUCCGCAUCGCAGAAAGAUACCAUGUCGUAUCCUGACAAGAGAUCCGCCGACGAGUGGCGGGCUGUUCUGAACAAGGAACAAUUCCGCAUUCUUCGCGAAAAGGGAACCGAGCCCCCCGGCUCGGGCAAAUUCGACAAGCACUAUCCCGAAGAGGGUGUUUACACCUGCGCCGGGUGCUCCGCGCCGCUGUACAAGGCCACGCACAAGUUCAAGUCGGGCUGCGGCUGGCCGGCCUACUUCGACUCGCUGCCCGGCGCCGUUGUGCGCCACGAGGACCGCGCCUUCGGCAUGGCAAGAACCGAGAUUGUCUGCGCCAACUGCGGCGGUCAUUUGGGGCACGUCUUCAAGGGCGAGGGGUUCGACACGCCCACGGACGAGAGGCACUGCGUCAACAGUGUAAGCUUGUCGUUUUCCCCUGACGAGAAGAAGGCCGGGGAGGGUAGUGGCGAGGGGACGAAAGGGGAGAGCAAGGUCUGA